UGUUAUAUAUAAUGUUAAUUUAAUCUGACUUGUCUCCAUUGAUGAUAAUGUUUUUCUCAUACCCUGUCUUUGUCUUGAUUUUUCCUAACAUACCGUAUUCUGCUAAAGGUUUGUUUAACCUUCAUUCUAUGUCAUCUUUCAGUGUGUGCCCCAUGUACCAGAUUAGUUCUAAUAAAAUAAAAAUACGGGAUAGUGCAUAUACGGGAAAAAUCUGGCCAACGUAUAUUUUAACAAUACUGUUCCGUGUAUUUCCCGUAUACGAAAAGCAAAUUCAGUCUGUAUGUGACACAAAUACGGGAUCUGUAUCCUACGUAUAUCUUGCAUAUACAGGAAAAACCCUGGCCCGUAUAUCAACAAAAUACAGUUCCGUAUAUCCCCGUAUAUCAGAUGCAAAUAAAUUCAAUAUAUGUCACAUGUACGGGAUCCGUAUAUUACGUAUACCUUGCAUAUAAGGUGUCACCCCGGUAUAGAAGUACUUCCGGGUCGUUGUAUCCUAGAAAGUAGUUCUUCGAAAUUUUGAAGUUCCCAAUUUAACGCUAUCCCUACUUUGACAUGUUAUAUUCCAAAUGUAUUUAUUGAUACUGUGUACAUUUUUUGUCAUUUCUGAUGUCUUUAACAGUUGUUUUAUGUGUGUUUUUCAGGAUUACAUUUCUGUGCGGAAGGAUUAAAAAACUACACCAGACUGGUGGUCAUGACAGAUGUCAGUGGGAAAUUUAAACAUGGACUAGAUACUUUGAUGUGUAGCAAAAAAGUUCAUCGUUGAUGGUGGUGUUUUUCUGUGAUAUAUUGACUGGGAUAGUAUUACUCUUCAGAAAUACAGAGCUGUCAAUGCUGCAAUUUUGCUGUGAAAUUCACAAUCCAUGUCCAAAAGUGCUUGUUUUACUAUACAGCAAAGAAGGAGAAAUUGUACCGGGCCGACACCUAUAUGGCAAAUUCAGAAAGUGGAAUAUCUCAGCAACCAUAGGGUUUACAGUCAUGAAACUUCACACACUAGUAACUGAUAACAAUAGAAAUCAGUGGCUAAAAGGAUAUUUCCAAGGCGAUGAAUUCCAUAUGUCAGAAGGAAAUUUAGAAUCGUACAACCAGUCAGCAGCUACCCAUAAACCAGACCAACCUAUUAAGUCGAGCGGGCAGAAGCUGUGAUUUCCAGUGUAAUACCGCAGAAUGACGGCUAGUUUUCGGUAAGCGAUUUACAUGUUCCACCGGUGCAUUGCCCUCUGGUCCUAAUGUCUUUAGUCAGAACUGUAGCCUAAAAUGUCAGUAACUGCUUGACAGUUUCAGGGGUACCCUGAGCUGUGUCUGGCUCCAGUUGGAGUUCUUGACCUUCCGCACUUGCCUGCUUCCAAGAUGGUGCGGAUUGGCUUUGCAUUUGGCGUUUCAGGCAUUGUUCGGCUUAGCCGAAGAAAUAAUUCAUUUUAAGAUAGGGUGUGAUGUAUUGAUCUGUUUUACUUUCAGUAAUUGUCAUAAAUAUAAUCACAUAUUGGUCUUUGCUUGUGGGUUUUGGUCUUUCAAUCAUUAAAAGUUUCAUUUUUCUGCAAUUGUAGUGGGUAAAUUAUGCAUUUUUUACUAAAAAUUGCAUAUUUUUAAAGUAAAUACUCAUUUUGAUACAUCAUUUUUCAAAAUAAAUAAGCUUAAAGUUACAUUAAACAUACUAUAAGCAUUAACUAGUGAUAUCACAGUUGAUUUCAUGAAAAUCUGAUUGAAAUUUUCAGAAGGAAGGCAAAUUUUGUAAUGUGCCUUUUUUCUUCAAAAUUCCGGUUUCCGAGCCAAUUUCUCCGCAAAGUAGGUCUAAUGUGUGAAAUGUUUCUGCGGGACAGCAUUUUCUUUGCGAUGACAAUGUCUUGUGUAACUUUUCUCGCAAAACCCUAAGUUACAAGAUUUUAUGGGAAAAAUUUGGCUAAAUUAAAAAUUUGAUAAGAUUUAGGUGUCACCCCGGUAUAGAAGUACUUCCGGAUCGUUGUAUCCUAGAAAGUAGUUCUUUGAAAUUUUGAAGUUCCCAAUUUAACGCUAUCCCUACUUUGACAUGUUAUAUUCCAAAUGUAUUUAUUGAUACUGUGUACAUUUUUUGUCAUUUCUGAUGUCUUUAACAGUUGUUUUAUGUGUGUUUUUCAGGAUUACAUUUCUGUGCGGAAGGAUUAAAAA